AUGAGUACUACCAAGGAUCUCACCAUCACCAUAUGGAACGCAAACGGUCUGGUUCGUCAAGAAACUGACCAUGUUACUAAUAAUCUCUUUAAUUCCGAUCUCAUAUUUAUCACCGAAACCUGGCUUCUCCCUCCUCUCCAGUUACAAACAACAAAAAAUUGGACCCAAUAUCACACUUUUGGAUCCAAAGCACAAGGCACCAAAACAUGGCGUGGACAACGAGGAAUCUCUCUAUUAAUUAAUCCUAACUGCCAUUACAAUGUUACACACUUACACCUCUUUGCUCCAGAGCAUAAGUAUAGCCAAUUUAUUUUCUCUUGCCAAAUUUCAGAUAUUUUAAUCCAUUGUGUCUAUUUGCCACCCUCUCUAUCUGAUGAAUUUGCUUUAGAUCUUCUUGAAUCUCUUCCAAAAACAACACAUCACUCACAAAACAACACAAUUAUUUGUGGCGAUUUCAAUGCUAGAAAUUCAAUCCUGUUAGGUGACACACGAUCAUCCGCUCGAGGCACCAAAUUAGGCGACUGGAUUACAGUAAAUGGAUUAACCUGCUGGAACGCCAUCUUAGCAAAAGGUAUACCCACC